AUGUAUUUUUUUCCGUGGAUUACACUUACUUUGUUUCUCCUUUUUUCGAUGAUCAAUGCUUUCAUUCGCAUAUUUCACAUACAAACGUUACAAUUAGUAAAACGUUCGCUUGGUCGACGAUCGCAAUCAUCAACGUCGUAUAAUUCACAAGAUAAUGAUUUAGUACCUCCAACAACAUGUUGUAUGAGUAAUUGUGCUAAUUGUGUAUGGAUAUCAUUUGCGGAAGAAAUUGCACAACGUUAUCCUGGUGCAGCUAAGGAAGUGAUCAAGGAUGUUUUAAAAAAACAUAUUGAUGAUAAAAGUUUUCGAGAAUUUCUAGAAUUUGAAAUUCAAAUGCGAUCAAUUGGACAUAAAAAAUAA